UAGUUGGGACAGUGUGACAGAGCUGCGCUCAGGUUGUAGCAACAACAACAGGCACAGCUCCUGCGACAGCAGACGGUUGAGCCAGCUGCUGUCUUCGGGAACCCGACGGCGCCCCGCGCAAAGGUUUCUGAAUCUCCCUCGGUCGCGACUUGUCACAGCGCUGCUCGGUCGCUGUCAUGAGAGAUUUUUCCCGCUCUCUCCAAUUUCGGUGCGUCUAGGAGCGCGGCGGGUUCUGGGCACGACUCCCGUCGGUUUCUGCUCGCUGCGGGCAGUUCGAGUCAGUCCUGCGCAGCCAGUUUGGGCGCGCUAUCCUCGAUGGCGCCGCUGGAAAUUCUCCCUUCCUUGUCUCGGUCCCGAGGACGCCCGUCGAUGUCCCCGUGAGAAGACGCCUCCGCCUCGUCUAAUUCUUCUCCGUCGCCUUCUCUUAUCCCAAGCUUGAGAGUCGUGGUAUCGGCAGCCCAUCGGGACUCCUCCGCAGGGUGGGCUCGAACAUGCCUUUGCUCGCGUGCUGCUACUCCUCAUCUUCCUCGGUCCUCGGUGGCACAACUGGUGGCUCGGUGCCCCUCGUGGGCGCGGGGAGCUGAUUCUCCGCAGAGACGUGGAGGGGGGGGUUGAGAAGAUGAACCACGUGGGCAGCCCUGUGAAAGCUUAUGACUUCUUGCUAAAAUUCCUCCUGGUGGGGGACAGUGACGUGGGCAAAGGAGAGAUACUAGCUAGCCUAGAGGAUGGAGCCACUGAAUCUCCAUAUGGAUACAACAUGGGUAUUGAUUACAAAACAACAACAAUACUUCUGGAUGGCAGACGAAUAAAGUUGCAGCUCUGGGACACAUCUGGACAAGGCAGAUUCUGUACCAUAUUUCGUUCCUAUUCCAGAGGUGCUCAGGGUGUGAUACUGGUAUAUGAUAUAACAAAUCGCUGGUCAUUUGAUGGCAUUGAUCGGUGGAUAAAGGAGAUAGAUGAGCAUGCUCCUGGUGUACCCAAAAUCCUGGUUGGCAACCGCCUGCAUCUAGCCUUCAAAAGGCAAGUGUCUACUGAGCAGGCACAGGCUUAUGCUGAACGAUUAGGCAUGACAUUCUUUGAAGUAAGCCCACUCUGUAAUUUCAACAUCACAGAGUCCUUUACAGAACUUGCAAGAAUAGUGUUAAUGAGACACGGAAUGGACCGGCUGUGGAGGCCAAACAAGGUCUUGAGUCUACAAGAUCUUUGUUGCCGUGCUAUAGUUUCCUGCACGCCUGUGCACUUGGUUGACAAACUUCCACUCCCUGUUGCCUUAAGAAGCCAUCUCAAGUCAUUCUCCAUGGCCAAUGGCCUGAAUGCUAGAAUGAUGCACGGUCGUUCUUACUCUCUCACCGCCAGCAACAAUAACAAAAGGAACAGCCUGAAAAAAGCCAAAAUCAUCCGUCCACUUCAGAGCCCUCCAAAGCCUUGUGCCAGAAAUAGUUGUAAAAUCUCCUAAGCUAUCUUUGGAAAUCUUUGCCCAGCAUUGUUAACACAAGGACUAAUUCAGUAGCCAAAUCUAUUGUAUGUAGGUAUUGCUUUGCAGGAACAGGACAAAAGAAAAAAAAAUAUUUUAGAUCAUUUGUUUUUAAUAAUGCUGCUUCCAGAUAUAUGAUGCACUUUGUGCAAACAGAGGAAUGUGAAACUUUAAUGUUGGAUUUUAUAUAUAUCAAUUUUUUGAUGUGCAUGAAAUCUUUGUGUAUUUUAUAAAGGGAAUAAUUUAUCGCAAUACUGAGCUUUUGUGUCACUGAAUCUCAAAUGUGACUAAUUUUUAAUAUUGCUCAAUUAUUACAUUUUAUUUGCAAUUAGAAUGAAAGUCAAUCGUAGAUUCAUCUAGUUUUAAAUAACAAUGUAUUGUAUACAUUGUAAAAGAAUUUAAGUAGUGACAUUCUAGUAUUGUUUCAGUAUAGCAUCUGAUUCUGGUUUUGUACAGUUUAUUGAGUGAUUCUGAAGCACGAUUUUUGAGCUACUAAUGUAAUAUGCACAAAAAAUUGUCUCAUCCAUGUAUAAAACAUUUGAUAAAGUUUUUUGCUAUGUUUCAGAAUUAAAUUGUGGAUUAUAUGCUUAUUUUUCUGGUAAAUCUACAUUUUUGUAUUAGAUAUUCUAGUGAUCGUUAUAUAGUGAAAAAGCCAAAGACAUCAAGACAUAUUUGCUAUAGCCUAAGAAAAAAUGUAAUUUGAAAAGCUGCUUUAUCAGGAAAGGACACUAUUAUUUAAAAAUAAAAAUAAAUCCUGCAAAGUA